GUAAAAUGGCUGAGCUUGAGAAGGAGAUAGAAGCUGCAUUGAGCAAGAUAACUCAUCUUGAGAGGGAAGGAGAAGCUGCACUUCGUAAGAUAGUCGCAGUAAAGAAGAAGAAACAAGCUGCAUUGAUUAAGAUAUACAAGCUUGAGAAGGAGAAAAAACGUACAGUUAAUAAGGUAGCUUUGCUUGAGAAGGAGAAAGAAUGUACAGUUAAUAAGAUAGCUUUGCUUGAGAAGGAGGGAAAAGCUGCAUUCUGUAAGAUAGCUACGCUUGAGAUGGAGAAACAAGAUACAUCAAGUAAGAUAGAGCAGCUUGAGAAGGAGAAAGAGGACGCAGCCAAGAAGAUAGCUUUUCUUGAGAAGGAGCUAGAAACUAAGGAAGAGAAAUUUGGAAAGUAUAUGAAUGCUCAGCUUCAAAAGGAGGAGGAGCUAAGAACCAAGUUUGAGGAUUUCAAAAAGCAUACAAAUGCUGAGCAUAAGAUAGAGAAGGACGCUGCAAUGAGUAAGAUAGCUAUGCUUGAGAUGGAGCAACAAGCUGCAUCAAGUAAGAUAGAGGAGCUAGAGAAGGAGAAAGAAGAUGCAGCCAAGAAGAUAGCUUUUUUUGAGAAGGAGCUAGAAACUAAGGAAGAGAAAAUUGGAAAGUAUAUGAAUGCUCAGCUUCAAAAGGCGGAGGAGCUAAGAACCAAGUUUGAGGAUUAUAAAAAGCAUACAAAUGCGGAGCAUAAGAUAGAGAAGGACGCUGCAAUGAGUAAGAUAGCUAUGCUUGAGACGGAGCAGCAAACUGCAUCAAGUAAGAUAGAGGAGCUGGAAAAGGAGAAAGAAGACGCAGCCAAGAAGAUAGCUUUUUUUGAGAAGGAGCUAGAAACUAAGGAAGAGAAAAUUGGAAAGUAUAUGAAUGCUCCACUUCAAAAGGAGGAGGAGCUAAGAACCAAGUUUGAGGAUUAUAAAAAGCAUACAAAUGCUGAGCAUAAGAUAGAGAAGGACGCUGCAAUGAGUAAGAUAGCUAUGCUUGAGAAGGAGCUUGAAACUAAGGAAGUUAGAGCAUAUAAGCAAGCUAUAAGAGCUUUAAGGGAGAUCCAAGUUGAAGAUAAAGAACCCAAGGAAAAGGUGAAAGAGUUGACAAAAACUAUGCAAAAGCUCACCGAGGAAAGACAAUAUUGGGAAACUUUAGCUAAGCAGCUUAAGGGCAAGGAAAGUGAGACAACUGAGCUAGUAGAAGCUCGAAAAAAGAUGAUUAGUGUUCUUUCUGAGCUGAACUAUGACGAUGUGGAUAUUGGCAUAAAAAAAUUUGGUGCCAUUGAUAGUUGUCCUUUUCGCACUGCAUGCAAGCAGAAAUUCUCUCAUCAAGUUGCCGAGGAAAAAGCGACAGAAUUGUGUUCUAUAUGGCAGGCAAAUGUGGAGAACCCCAAAUGGAAUCCAUUCAAAACUGUCAUCUUAACUGGGGAAGUUCAAGCAGAAACAGUAGACCAAGAGGACAAGCAUCUCCAGCAACUGAGGAAAGAGUGGGGAUAUGAAGUAUAUUUAGCUGUUGUUAUAGCCUUGAAAGAAAUCAAAGAGUAUAACAUGAAGAAAAGAACUACGACGCAUCAGCUUUGGAAUUUCGAGCAAGGUAGGAAAGCUAAGCUAGAAGAAGCCAUUUGUUUAAUGGAGGAAAAACUGACGGAGGCAAAGAUCAAAGAUACAGGAUUUGUGAAGGUGGAUGAGUUGAAGCCAGGGACAGAGGGCAUUAAUCUAAUUGUUAAGGUCCUAAAUACUGAUGUGGUGGUUGACAAGAGCGAAGAGCAUCAGUCCCUACCGUCAUACCACUAUUCUCCUUUCCGAAUCACACGUGUAGCUGAGAGUCUAGUUGGAGAUGAAACCGGAACUAUCAUAUUAACUACUCGUAACGAACAAGUUGACUUAAUGACGCCAGGCAGCAUCCUACUUCUUUAUGGUGCAAAAAUCCAAAUCUAUCGAGGUUUCUUGAGGUUAGCUGUAGAGAAUAAGAUGCAAAUCAAAGUUGCAGAACCUAUGGAGUUUCAUGUAGAUGAUGAUGAAGAUUGCAAUUUGUCUUUAGCUGAGUAUGACGCAAUCCGAAAAUAUUGAUGAGUUCUACACUAUUCAACACUUUGGACUUGCAGGACUGCUCUGCCCUAAGAAUGCCUUGGUGUAUAUGUUUGGUUCUUUUUGCACAGAAGCUCAUUGUAUCAUUGAUUGCCCAAAAGGCUAUUAGCUUGUGUCGUUUUAAUGAUAGAAUUUCAAAAUCG